GCUAAGCUAGCUCCGUUAGCCUCAGUGCUCAGUGUACUCGGUAGAGACGCACCGGCUCCAUCCACACUCCGGUGCUGAUAGACCGCUCUGACCUGCCAACAUUGCCCGGCACACGGACGGCCCGCUCCCCGCAGAGACGCAGAGUUCAGGCAGCAGGUGAUCAAAGCUCUGAAGAUGAUUAAGCUCUUUUCCCUGAAGCAGCAGAAGAAAGACGAGGAAUCUGCUGGAGGAAACAGAACCGGAGCCGGGGGGAAGAAAGCCAGCGCGGCCCAGCUCCGGAUACAGAAAGACAUCAAUGAGUUGAACUUGCCAAAGACGUGUGAGAUCAACUUCCCUGAUGACGACGACCUCCUCAACUUCAGACUCAUCAUCUCACCAGACGAGGGUUUUUACAAAGGAGGAAAGUUUGUCUUCAGCUUUAAGGUAGGACAGGGCUACCCCCACGACCCCCCCAAGGUAAAGUGUGAGACGAUGGUGUAUCACCCCAACAUCGACCUGGAGGGAAACGUCUGCCUAAAUAUCUUAAGAGAGGACUGGAAGCCUGUUCUGACAAUAAACUCCAUCAUCUACGGUCUACAGUAUCUAUUUCUAGAGCCAAACCCUGAGGAUCCGUUGAACAAGGAGGCAGCAGAAGUCCUCCAGACGAACCGGCGGCUCUUCGAGCAGAAUGUCCAUCGCUCUCUGCGCGGCGGCUACGUCGGCGCCACCUACUUCGAGAGAUGUCUUAAAUAACUCGGCGUCCCAUAAUUCUCCAAACUCCUCCCCCUUCCUCCACUCCUCACCUUGUCCUCCUCCUCCUCCCCCGUCUCCUCCCCCUUUUCCUCCUCAGUCCUGCUCGUCGGCCGAAGCAGGAGCUGCAGCGACAGGAAGCAGCACGCCAGAAGACGCUUUUCUGUUUUAAAACAAAAGAAGAAGAACCCCCACCCUCCCCUCCUCCCCAUCCUCCCCCCUCUGCCUCCCCCUCCUCCCCCUUCCUCCUCCCAUGUUUCUCUGUUUUACUUCCAAGACGCAGCAUUCAGCCGUUUACACACCACAGGGGGACGCCGACAACACACACCUGACUGGACUCAAAGAUGGCCGACAGCAAACCGCUGCCGAGGAUGACGAUCACGAUGAUGAUGAUGAUGGACAGGGGGAGGGAGGGGAGGAGGGGGAGACCGGUGUGGGUGGUCAGUGAAUGUUGCUCGGUUGAUUCGGUGAACGCCACAGCGCUGACGGUGGUGAUGAUGAUGAUGAUGAUGAUGCCCACGUGAUUAUUAUUUUUUUUAUUAUUAUUUUUAAUUCUGCGUGGCGACGACACGGUCAGAAGGACACGCCCCCUCCCUCAUCCAUCCGUGACACAUCAGUCAGCAGCAGCAAACUCCAAACUCUGCACGCCACCUCUGACUGUUGCCUGGAAAACCUGAUAGUCGCUCUAGGGAGGGAAGAGCUUGUAAACUACCAAGGAAGCAGAUGCGCCUUAAAAAAUUCUCUAAUAGCGGGAGAUCGACAGGUCUGUGAUGAUGUCAGCACUGGGGGAGGAGCUUAUGAGGGGCUGGUCAGAGGCAGAGGAGCUCGUUAGUGGCAGAAGCUCCAUAAAUGUUUCUGCAGGGCGGGGCUUCUGAGUCAGGGUGGGAGGGGAUUCCUGGAGAGGGAGGGGCUUAAAAGAGCAGACAUGCCUUAAAAGUUUCUCACAGUAUGACAUCAGCAAUUCUCAGCCUGCAGUGACUUUACAGGUGGUGAUGUCACAGUGUCUGUGUGGAGGGAGGGGCUUAAUGCUGUGGGAGGGGCUUAUGAGACCCAAAAGGCAUCUUUUAUUCUUCAAAGCCAGAGCUCAGGGUGGAUUUGUUUAGGUGGCGACUAAGGAGUGGAAACAUGCCAGUUUGGAGUUUGCUGCUAGGUAACACACACACACACAAACACAAAUCACACACAGCGAUGGUGGGCGGAGCAUUGUGUCAGGUGUGCAGGGCUGUUGUGGGGGUGGGGGGGAGGGGGGGUUGUGUGUUUGUUUAAAGGGGAUGUGGGUGGGGCUACUGGGGAGGGCAGCAUUUGAUUUUCAUUUGGGGGGGUUGUUGUGGGUGGGGUCAGAGGGGGAGGGGCUUAAAAUGUUACGAUUCUAUUGUGUAUAUUGAAACCCCAGCUGUUCACAUUGACUGCAAUAUGAUUUAUGUUAAAUAAAAUAUGAACUUGAAUGAUUAUAA